GAUGCACUUUGCGAGUCGCUGUAGGGGCGCCGUCCGGCAUGUCUUGUUUACGAUGAGGACGGGAUAUUAGCCAGCGCGCUAUCCACACUCCUCCGAACAACCCUCCCCACCGCAGACAACAAGAUAAGGAAGACAGACAGGGGAGAGAGAGAGAGAGAGACAGCAAGGGAAUGUUGACUUAUCCCUCUGACUCGCUCCCUCAAGUAGUUUGUCCAAUGGAUGAAGAUGCUAUCCCCCCAAACCCUUUCUGUAGUGCACCCCCUCACAGUGAACCUCAACCACCUCUCCUCCCCCUUUCCUCCGUCACUCCCAGCUGCGAGCACGAUGGAAUAUCUGGCAUCAGGAGGAGCGGACGAAUUCAAGGGGUUAGAGAUCGGACUCCCAGAAAGCAGAUCCACAAGGACAGCAGGGCAGCUCACAGACCGUCAAGGCAAAACCCGUCCCCCGCCAAGAGGGAGAGGGUGAGCAGCAUGGUGCAAGUAUCACAAUCCCUGUCCGUGAAGCUGCGGAGAGAUGAUAAACAUGCACAAGACAUCCAAAACAAGGAUGAACUUGAUUUUGAAGAUGCAUCAGAGUGCCCAACUAAACAUGUGGACCGCUCAAAUGAGAACACAAACGCCUCUGCCACAAAAACUGUAGAUGAAGAGACUGCUGGGAAUACCGCACAAGAUAAUGACGCCUCUCAAUUAAACCUCCCCAAAUCAGACAUGGAUACGUGUGGAGAUUUGGCUGUUGAAAAUGCUUCUGCCAUGAAGAGUUGGGUGAUUGGCCCAUUGUUCCAGUCAUUCAAGUCAAAGAUGGCCAGUUUCACAGAGAUCGUCAUGAGUCCUGUUAAACUUUUCAAAGCCAAUAGUCCUCCCCAUUUUAAAGACCAUCCCGACAAACUCAACCAGGAAGAGCUGCAAGCCACCGCAGCAUCUAGUGGUGAACACUCAGAUCCCAGCGAGAACAGGAAUGAGGACAGUGAAGCUGACCAGCGGAGCUCCUCGUCUCCGAUAUGCUUCAGUGAUGCAGGAGGUGGAGGAGAUCUCAAAACUGUUGCUCUUUUACACUCUGAGAAUUUACUGUCAGAUGUGGGUUUAUCAGCACACAGCUCACAACAGGUGGAUGAAUGUGCAUUGCCUGAGAAAGAAACAAACACAAACGAUUCUGUGCCUUUGCAACACAGUUCCUUGCCCUUCAGUGAUUUUGAGAAAACUUCAGAAUCCUAUAAAUCUGAUCUUAGGUCCUCCUCUGCACGGUUUCAGCCAUCUGACAAUUCAAGUGCCUUACAAGAGUCAAAGUUGAAGAUGUCCGCCAAAAUGGAGGAGCAGAAGCGUAAACGAGCUGCUCAGCCGAAGCCACUGCCUAGAAAACGCGCCGGCAAUAAAUCUGCAUUACACAAGAGUUCACCCGAUAUUUUUCCAUCUGAAGUUAAGGAGGAAGUGUCUGACCCUGGGACAAAUGGCAUACAUUCAAUCGAAACAAACAUCAGUAACCCAUGUGAUAAUGGAAAAUCUCAGUCAUCGUCACCCUCGGUCUAUUAUACUCCACCAGAUACGGAGGUCUGUCUUCCACAUGGUGACGAUGAUGACAGGAAAAGAGACAUUGGCUCUGUUGUCAGAAAAAGCCUGCGGAAUAACUCAAGGGGUGUUGGUGUGAAUGACAGUACACUGAAGUCCCCCCUUGAUGUUCAGCUUGUUCAAAAGCAGCAAUUAGAGUGUAAACUAAAGACUGAGUCUGUAGAAAGUUCAGCUGCAAGUCUUGGGAAAGCAAAGAGGAGACUGAAACUGGCUUCUCCUUCAGAUAUUGAACCAGAUUUGGUGAAAAGGAAAAGACUUGCAGAUAAACAUAAAAAGGAUCCAAAAAGUAGGAGUGUGGCUGCAGAUAGUGACAUAUUCAAAGAGUCAAAACCACCAAGAAAUGAAGCUGUAUCAACAAAUACCGUCCUAGAUAUGGAAAUAGUGUUGAAUCCUGCUAGAACAAGGCUGCUUCUUUCAGCAGGCAUGAAAAGGAAAGGCAAAGAUGGGCACACAGAGACUGAAAAUCCCUCUGGUACUGUGCUGGUUUGCUCACUGGAUAAGAGCAAUGGCAUAUCAGAGAACAACCAAAAGGACAACGUGAAAUCGAGAGCCAGUGGUUCAAAGAAAAGGCUCAAGAAAAGUGCCAGUGUUAGAGUUAGUGAACCUGACAUGAACACGGACAGCAUGGACCUGGAAACCACUGUGACAACAGAGGUCCAGGAGCCGUUGUUGAAGGAUCUUGUUGAGCCUUUAGCUGCAAAGCUUUGCAGACCUCAGUUCGUAUCCAGAGCCCAGCCAAAGUCUGUUCGCAAAAAGAAGGAUGUUUCACCGGCGUUGAGCAUGGAGCCGUCCCAGAGCCCAAGUGAGUUGAUGAAUCUGUGCAGAGGACCACUUAAACGGAAAUCACAAAAGCAGGAGAGUUCAACUUCAGAGCCAUGCAGCACUUUGGUUUCUACCUCUUCAGCAGAAUUCACUCCCACAGAUUGGAAUUCCUCUGAGCUUCUUCACAAGGAGGAAAGCCUGAAAACAGGACUGAGGCAGCUGUCCAAGAGGCUCAAGAAGGAUUGUGUGAGAUCUGUGAAAUCUAAUGAGUCGAAUGACUCACAAUUGACAAAGACAAGCAUGGAUAACUUUGAUGAUACAGUCACAGAAGGUCAGUCCAAAGAUAAAAUCACUGGCGAAUCUCUGCCUUUUGAAAUGUCAUCAGCGGAAAAUAAUCAGCAGGCUUCACCCUCUCCACCUUAUUCAGACUGUUUUGUAAGCUUAAAUACAUAUGAAACAAAGCGUGACAGAGUACGCACAAGAAACUCUCGGAAAAAAAGGAGCACAGGCUCUCUGUCAAAUGAGGAAUUUCCCACUGAUCUUGAUGCCACUAAACCUAGUCAGGACAUGACUGUAGAUGAGAUAAAGGACCUUGAUAAGGAUGAGUCUUGUACAUACAGGCUCAGCAUGAGUGCAUUAGAGCUAAAGCACAGUGCGAGAAGGGUGAAAAAGAGGAGAAUAGACAACCAAAGGAGAAAGUGCAGAGUUUUGCAUAGUAAAAUACAUGCAGCUGAAGUGGAGAUGAGCUCAGUCACAAGCGAGGAUGUAGACUUGUUCAGAACAGGGUCAUCAGAUAUCGGCAGCUCCUCUAGGUGCUUGUUACGCAGCUACUCCUGCCCAGAGAUCCCCUCCCUCCUCCACCAGGAAACACAGUUGAACUCCUCCCUACAUUCACCACAGCACGGCAGGAUCCACACUUCUCACCAGCACCAGUCGUGCCACAUUCCUCCCAUCCCUCAAGCCCCUGUAUCCCCACGGCGGACUCGCCGACACACCGUCUGCAGCGUGGAGGUGGAGCGGGAGAUCGCCCCUCUCUGUCUUCGUAAGGAGGUGUACCCAUCCAGAAGAUCUGCUCCCUAUGGCAGCAUCACCCAGCACCUGCCGACCAGUGUUCCCCUUUCUCCCAGCUCGUCUCUCUCAGCUCUGGCCUCCUGUUUUCUGUCAAGCCCCCUGGCGUUCCUCUCCAAGAAACUGGAGAACAGAGGAGCUGCCACUGGCAGUAGCAGCUACGGCCAAGUUUCCUCUCCCUCCUCCUCCAGUGUUUUCACAUCAUCAUCCCCAUCCAGCUCCUCUGCUCGGCACCUUCCAGGAUUUCUCACAAGAACUGACAGCUCUGCUGCGACAGGGUCCUCCAUUUGCAGUGUGAUUCCUUUGGAUUGUGAGAUUGAGACAAGGAAGCAGAUCGAGGAGGAUGAAGAUGGAGAAGACACAAGCUGUUCCAGUCAGGAGUUUGAGGAUGUCGCGUUAAGAGAGGAAAAGGCUCUGUCUGAUUCUGAAAUAAAGGUGGUGCAGAAGCAUGAGGAACGAGGGAAGGUGUCGUCCAUUAGAAUUCGCAAAGCUUUACCAAAACCUCAGAACAAUCUGACACCCAUGGGCCUGCCCAAGCCCAUCAGGCUGAAAAAGAAGGAGUUCAGUUUGGAAGAAAUUUACACCAACAAGAAUUUCACCAAGCCCCCUGAAAGUCGGCUGGAGACGGUAUUCGAGACACCGCUCAGUCGUCGGAACGGUUCUCAGUGCCUGUUCGGUCAGAGGCGUGUGAAGCGUUUUGUGGAGUUCCCGGAGGUGGGCGUGGCCAGAAAACCAAAGAAGCCUCUUGUUGGUAGCGGGAAGGCAGGGGCUUCCACCUCCAGGCCGAGGAGAGGGGGCUACAGCAACCCGAAAGAUGAGCCGUCCAUCAGCGUGCAGGAACUGGACUCUCUGCUUUGCGCCAAGCUGGACCAGCUGGACCUGUGGUUAUCGUUUGAUCAGAGCGACAGCUGACAAACGCCUGGAAAAGCAUGAUCAAGUUUGGCUGCCAAAAAUGUCACGAGAUAAGAACACUUUUUGUAACCCUUUUUAGAAAGCUAUAUUUCCCUUUCUUUACAGCACUAAGAUUCACAUUAUCUUGUGAAUCUUCUGGUGCCCCCUUUUUUUCUGACUCAGCACAGUCUAGUUAUUCAUGUUGUGGUGAAAAUAUUUAUCGAAGAGCUAUAUUUUCAUCGUGUAGCGUUUUUAGCCUCCAAGUUAAAGACAGCAGCAUAGUAACGUAAACGUAUUGCUUCAUAGAUGUUGUUAAUACAUGUAUUUGUUCAGAUGUGUUAUAACCUGCUACUGUUGUUCCCUCUGCACUUAAACCUCAGCCGUCCACUUUGCACACAGCCGUGCUUCCCUCACCAUGUGGAAUAUCUGACCCUGUCCAUAAAUGCAUCAUCAUCGCUGUAAACGCAUACAGAAUCAGAAGGAAUUUUUAUGUUUUUUUUUUUUUUUUUCCAUCUCAACCUACGCAGACAUAAAUUUACACUAUCUUCUUAGGAGAAAGGUGAGAACCUGUGCGCUCCCGUUAAGAUGACGCUGUUGUUAUGCAAAUCAUAAUGCAGAUUGCUUGCACCCAGUUGAUCCUAAUGGAGAGGAAGCAAUGCUUUGGAUUUGGAUUUUGAUCUUGCAGCUUCAUCAUAAGUUAUGUUCCAAAGGCAGCUUUUUUUUUUUUUCUCUUAUUUUCCUUUUGCUAAGAAACGCUGAGCAUGAACAUGCCUUCAAGAGAUUUUUGUGUUGAUUUAAUGCAGCUGUUUGUUUUUUUUUGUUUGUUUGUUUGUUUGUUUUUUUGUUUCCCAGCCAUCGUGUCAAAAUGUGUAAAAGUCCAUGAGUUGUUUUAUUUAGGUACAGUGUAUCUGCCAGCGUCUCCCAAGUAGCAUGGAAAGUUCAGUGCAAGUCGUUUUAUUCAGCUCAGGGCAAACUCCGUUCAAAUUUUGUGUCGUGACAUCUGAAGAGGUUUUUUUUUUUUUUUUUUUUGGCUGUAUAAAAACUAACAUGGAAAACUUCAUGCCACUCCAGAGAGCAUUUCCGUCCUGCAGUGGAAAUGUUCAUAUGCCACUGCUGGUUGGUUUGUUUUGUGACCUUUUUUAUAACCUGUGAGUCUCUCUGGAUCGUUGUUUCUGUGAUAUUUAUAUUGGUUUUGUAAAUGUAACCUGUUGAUAAACUGCCUCUUUAUCAUGUUUUUGUUAUGCCGUUGCCUAACUUUAAGAAGACUGCCUUAACAGUAAGAGGUACUGUUUAUAUGGAUGUUUUGUAUGUACUGUAUUUGUAUGUAUUGUUUGCAGCUUUGUAACAAUCUUGUCACCGUUUUAAUGUGGGCAUGUGAAGAAGCUUCAGGCAACUCAGAGCACAAAUAUUUUUGUCAUUUUAUUACAAAAUGAUCCGUGUCUUUAUAUGUUUUGAGUAUAAAAUACAGCAUAUUGAUUUAUAUGACAUGAAUAAAGCUAAUAUGCUAACAAUGCAAGGAUAAAGAUAUAAUAACAUAAACAAGGGCAGCAUCACAGAGUUCACAGAUUAAGCACUGCCUUGGAUUUACAUGUCUUUAUUGUACUAACAGUGAAGACCCAGUCCAUGAUGAUAGAUUUAUUUUGCUAUUUUUCCAUUCAGAUGUUCUAAUUUAUUUACUACUUAAAUUACAUGAUUAAAAACAAAAAUUCAAUUCAAUUUCAACGUCACUUAAAAGAGGAAUAUUAAGGAUUGGGCCUUCACUGUGGCAUGACAGCUAAUUAUAAUCUUUUAAUAUAUAAUGUAAGUGUCAAAGUUUGGUGUAGAGUAAUGCCUCGGACUAGAGUUUAUGCUGGAUUUUAUAUGACCAUUUAGUCUUGGAAUUGUUCAAUAUUCAAUAAAUACUAUAGUAUAUAAAAAAAAAAAAAAAACAACAACAACAUGAAACUUGUGUAAAAGUAUUUUUGUAUCAGACACUUGAGUGGCUGUUUGUUCUCUGCGGUGAGAGGAAGAGAAGUUAAAGAGGAAGAUGCGGGUGUGAACUGGGCCUGCAGUCUGUCCGCCGUGGACGUUCAGGAGAGUCCAUCAGUCUUUGAGGGUGAUGAGGUAUGAAGCCAGAGCCAGGAACAACGGGGUGCAGACCAGAAGGCAAACCCACAGGGCGAUGGAAAUGAUGCCACACUUCUUCGCCUUACGGGAAAAGUACUUUGAUCUCUGUUCAUCAGACUCCAUGCUGGCCUGGUGCAGUAAAGACAACAAGAUAUUUUUAAUUCAACACAUAAAAAAGUUCAUGUAAAGCUGCACCAGACAAGACUUAAAAGUUAAAAAAAAAAAAAAAAUACACCCAUCUCAACAGCAAAAAUCACAGGGAAUAUGCAAGUGGUUAAUCAACACUAAAGAGUAUAACAUGGCGUGUCACUGAGUGAGCUCUCCGGCCAAGAGGAGGCAGGGCCGAGUCUGAAAACGGACACCGUGCUGUCUUACGAAAUACUUGUCAGCUGCCAUUUAAUACUGAACAAGUUAUAAAAAUACAUGUUACAGUGACACUUUGUCCCGCGUCAUCACAUCUUCACACACUGGCUACAUGAGUCCCACAUACAGCGAGGCUGCAGUCACCAAGGCUGUUACAGUGAACUAAAACUUGAUGGGAAAUAACAUUGUAGUUAAGGGAAAUAAAACUAAAAAAAA